CACGGCUCGCCAUGCUACUUUAACCCUCUCAAUUGCACACCUUUAAGGAGACUCAAAGUUGUCUAUGAUAGAUUAGACUUGCAGUCACAAUCAAUUGACAGCAGUGUGGACAACCCCAGCUUGUGACUUGUCCAACAUCCGCACCGCGACUCAGCUGUGGAGCUGGCCAAAACGCCUGGACCUCAAAUUGUGUGCAUUUGCAGCACGCUACGACUCCGCAAUAGCGCGAUUGCUUUUUACAGGUUUCACCAGCACACAAUACAUCCAGAGGGGUCAUACUUUCGUGCUUCCAGCCAUCUUUAUCAAAUAAAUCGCUUGGGAAAGUACUGUGUCAGCAUUGGCCGAGAUUCCAAAUUUGACCCUGCCAAUAAGUCGUUCAAGGCACCCAUAAUCAGGAACACCGAUUCAAGAUGGGCUGGUUUGAUGGAAAAUCUUCAUCCUCGUCUUCCCACCACUCUCAUUCCCGCCGACGUUCUUCCCCCUCACGACGUUCCACUUAUUCAACUCAUCAUCCUCGUCACUCUGCUCCCUCGAUAUUCAGUCUGAACGGCGGUGGUAGUCGUGUCGGACGCACCAGCCCGUCCGUGCUCUCUUCGUCCUCAUCGCGGCGCGCACGGCCCCGAACAGGCUUCGUACAGAAGGUGGUUCGCGCCAUCAAACGCUUGCUCCGUGACAUUUACGACUAUGCGCGUCGGAACCCGGUGAAGGUUCUCAUGCUGGUUGUCAUACCGCUCCUCACGAGUGGUGUCCUGCAGAAAUUGCUCGCCAUGAUCGGAAUCCGACUGCCAAAGGGGCUUUUUGGCGGGAACUCAUCGAAGCCCAGUGGCAACAGCAUGUCAGACAAUAUCAAGGGCCUCAUGAACAUUGCGAAAAUGCUGAUGUAACUACUGAGGCAUUGCUUUGACCUCUGUUUCCAGCGCUUCUGCACUUUGAUGUAUGAAUGGGAACAUCAGCGAGGAUUAGUCAGAAAAGAUAGACACGACACGAUCAUGAUACGACAAUGACGAUACGACGCAAACUUGACUUGAUGCUUCUUGGUUACAAUGUCCGUUGGCGGUUGUGGGUAAAUCCAAAGAGCCAUGUUCCCGAUAUGUUUUUGAUAUUUCUCGUUUACGGUGUUAUGCAAAUGUUCAAGUAUUUAGACACGAUUCCAAUGAAACGUCCCCACGGCCUUCUG